ACGUUACGGAGUGGAACUAUAAACAAUGAUCAGAAGUAAACUUACGGUUUUUAUCACGGCCGUGACUUUGUUGUCAGUCAACUGCACGUACGCCGAGACGCCAGCCAUCAAAGACUGCGUAGCCAACGAAACGUGCUCGGUGCAGCCAACGGUGGUUACAGCUACGGCAAUGACAACGAUGACGACGCCAAAAAAGGUGCUCAAAACGACCACUGUCGAAGGUAGUAGCCCACAAACAGUUCGUUACGACGUCUCCGGAAACGAUUCCAAAGGAUCGACGCUCAAAGACGUGGUAGUACAGGUUAAUAACAAAAUCAUCACUCCACUUGGCGGUGACAAGACAAACGGUUCCAGAAACGCUACUUCUGGAAGUUCGAACGUUACCGUCGUCAUUAAACCUCCCUUAGGAAAAGCUAACUUCACGAUAAUUGAAACGAAUUUGCCGGUGACAAACGCCACCAAUACCACAACCACCACCAUCACCACCACCACGGAAUUUACUAGUGCCUCGCCGCCGAAAUACUUGCCUGAAAACGAAGUCGAAGUCGUUCGUUUCGUUCCAUUUAAAUACUGCCACUGUGAUCUAAUCUACGGCAGUUGUGACAUAAACUGUUGUUGCGACACAGAUUGCACUAAUCACGAUUUGAAGACUUUCACAUUGUGUCCUGAUCAAGCCAAAUCUACUUUGAUAAAGCAAGAAUCAAUAUUGUUCGAUUCGUCAUUGUUUUAUGUGGUGAUCGAAAACGUACCAUCGGAUUAUUUCUAUCCGGAACGAGACACAAUCGAAUCCGAAACGCAAAUAGCAACUUCUCUUCGGAAACGGGACAUAUUUACUUGGCGCAAUGAAAAGGCCAUCAGCAGACAUCAUUAUCCUCUCACUUCUACGCUUUCAGUGGAAUCCUUCACAUACAACAACUAUGACCUUACUUACAAGUCUUUGCGAUGGAUGUUUAGUGUCGUUUCUGACGUAAAUUCUUCUGAAAUCAAAACAUUUGGUUUAAAAAACAGUGCUCUUGAUUCGCUGUGUAGCAUCGAACAACCCGUCGAAUACUUGAAGUCGAAGGAAACAAACUGCAAGACGUUUGUGCCUAAUCUGACAGACGUUUGCAACAAUCACUCAUCAUUGAGCUUUAAAUUCUAUUACGGAGAGAGAGGGCUAUUCAAAGUAGUGCAACCCAUUUACAACAGCGCCCACAAGACUGAGAAAAUUGGUUUGGCCACCAUCCAAUCGACGGCGCACCACCAUUGCGUGUCGGUGAACGGAUCGUCGUACGAUUGUCAGAUUGGGAAAGUCGGUGUCGGUACCAGUGGCUACGAAAAUCAUUCGCAUUACGAUCCCGUUUACUUGGGUGGUGUUUGUCGUAGAGCCGUCGACAGAAUCGAAUACUUGGUGACGCACAACGGGUCUAGGGGUGUCCGCCGGGUGGAUGUACAUUUCUAUCACCGUGACGUGCCGGAAGUCGGUCGUCCCUUUUACCUUAGUCAGAGAUUCAGUGUUCGGUUUGCCUGGGCCACCGUCAAAUCAGCAGUAGAGUCAUACGAGCGCAGUGGUAAGCCCGGCUACGUUACCGGGAGUCCGUUGCUGGUAACAAUGACCGAAAAAGACGUAAAGAAACUCAGACACCCGAUAACAAUGCUCCUACCGGAACCAGACGGGUCUGGUGCAUGCGUUUACUCUAUCAAAUCUCGGCAGACCGUUAACUUCCUAGAAAGCGUCGACAUCCAGUGUCGCGUCCGGGUUCCACGCCGAAAUAUGCAGUUGUCCAAGAGAGCUGAAGAUCAUUUCCCACCCAGUGGUGGCGUCUCAUUCGCAGACAUUUGUAAUGACAUUCAAAACGAAACGAUGGCAUUGCUCGGAGAUUACGAAGGCGCCUUGGUUUCCAGUCUCGGCGACCCGGACGUUACCAGGUGGAUACCGUUUGUGGUAGCCAAACCGCCCCCCGCACAGCAGUCACCGCUGCCUGAAGACUCGUGUCCGGCCGUGAUUGACAGCCUGCACAUACAGGUGUAUUACUCGCACGUGGGCCCGUUUGACGAUCCGCGGGCCACAUUGCUAGGGGUGCUGACCAAUUACACAGCCUCGGCCGUCACCGUUAGCGGUAGAGAUCGUUCAGUGGCCGUUGAAGUGCCGGUGAGAGUCACCGUGGUGUUCGUGGACCUGACCCGGCCACCCGUCAGGACGUUCGCCGAACCACCCACGUACGAGUUCAGGCUGCCCGAAGAUUUUUACUAUCCGUUCUGGUCGUCGGGCGCCAACCGAGUCUCGCGUUCCGUCCACAAAGUCCAUUUCGUCGUCGGUCUGCACCUGUUAUUGUCGUACGUACAUUGCUACGGUUCGUCAAGCGUACCAAUGUAACGCAGUGUAUAUGUGGCACGCGUAUACGCUUCCUCUGCGGACAGGCUGUCUUGAACAUAAUAAGUCAUGAUGAGCGGCUACAUUUAUUAUUAUUUGCCGAUUGACUUUUUUUACUUCUCUAAUUGGUAUUAGUACCUAUACAAGUUUUAACAAAUGAAAAUUAACAAACUGAUAGAAGUUAAACAUAACAAAAAUAAAUAUGAAAAUUAUAUGGAUGAUUUGAUAUUUACUUACUUUUAUAUCUUAUAAUA